CAACGGCUAUCGUUAAUAAUCGUGGGUUUCAAUUAGGCCACGUAACAGAUUCAGAUUGCGAAGUUCCGGCUCCGCCAGCUUAGCGCCUCGCCUGAUAUCUGGCGCGCAGUGUAUCAACUAUUCGUUUCCGUUAUUGAAGGCUCUCCUAAUGGAGUUUCGCAUUCUGCAACAAUCUCCAUCAUGUUAUGCAGGAAAUGUCUUUUGCUCGGUCCAGCCUCGUUUCGGAAUUUGGAAGUUUCUUAAUUGGGCUUCCUCGAACACAACAUUUUUGCAGAAGAGAUGUUCACGAAAUGAACCUAGGAGAAAAACACAUUAUCGUUCGGAAGUUAAUAGGGCGGCUGUACUCUGUUCUUCUAGUUCAAGUGACAGUCCAUUGAAGCUCUAUGAUAACGUGAAAAUUAUUUAUUCUGUUGCUGCUGCUACGGGUCAUAAUCAGGAGUCUCAUCCAGAAUCUCAUCUCAGGGUCCCUGCAAUAGCGAAUGCUCUUGAAAAUAUGGAACUCACACCUAAGUUUCAAGGCUCAAAUGUCGUUGAACUUCAAAAUUACAAACCUGCUUCAGUUGAUGACAUUGUGAGUGUUCAUUCAAAAUCAUACGUGACAGGCCUUGAAAAGGCUAUGGAUAGGGCUUCUCAAGAUGGUCUUAUUUUAAUUGAAGGCUCUGGACCGACUUAUGCCACUGCCACUACAUUUAAUGAAUCACUUGUUGCAGCUGGAGCAGGAAUUUCUUUAGUUGAUUCAGUGGUCAAAGCGUCAAAAACCUACAAGAAUCCGCCAAUUGGUUUUGCAUUGAUAAGACCUCCAGGACAUCAUGCAGUACCCAAGGGACCGAUGGGAUUCUGUGUUUUUGGGAACGUAGCUAUUGCAGCUCGUUAUGCUCAACGUGUGCAUGGAUUGAAGCGUGUCUUUAUUAUAGAUUUUGAUGCUCACCAUGGGAAUGGAACAAGCGAUGCAUUCUACGACGAUUCAGAUAUAUUCUUCCUUUCAACUCACCAAGAUGGAAGUUACCCCGGAACUGGUAAAAUUGAUGAAGUGGGUCGUGGAGACGGGGUGGGAACAACUCUGAAUAUUCCUCUACCAGGGGGCUCUGGUGAUUAUGCCAUGAAAAUGGUGUUUGACGAAGUUAUUGUACCCUGUGCUCAAAGAUUUAAGCCUGAUAUCAUUCUUGUCUCUGCUGGGUAUGAUGCUCAUGUCUUAGAUCCGUUAGCCAGUCUGCAAUUCACGACCGGAACAUACUACAUGCUUGCAUCCAAUAUCAAGCAACUGGCAACGGAUUUAUGCGAAGGUCGAUGUGUAUUUUUUCUGGAAGGAGGCUACAACCUCGAGUCUCUUUCAUAUUCAGUGGCUGACUCGUUCCGUGCGUUUCUUGGCGAACGGAGCUUGGCGUCGGAGUUUGAUAACCCUGCAAUCUUGUAUGAAGAACCAUCAAGGAAGCUUAAGCAAGUGAUCCAGAAGGUAAAACAAAUACAUUCACUUUAAAGUUCAAUUUAUUUCUAGAUAUCUUCUUUUCAUCCUAAUUAUUGUGUGUACUUUCAAGUAGACCUGCAUAGUAACUUGAUGUGUAUUUGAUGAACAUAUUUUCGAAGAUAGGAAAUAUAAAGCAAUGAUAUCUUGUUGUUUGUACA